UACCAGCCCUGGAACAAGAAGGCAGCUGGACCUUUCUUCCAGCUGACAGCUGCCACCAUGGGGGCUCCGGCCCUCCUGUGGCCUCCGCUGCUGCUGCCAUGGCUCUUAGUGCUGCUUGGCCAGCCUCUGGGGACCUCGGCCCAGGACCAAGUCUGCUCUGUGGACCAGCAGGUUGUUCAAAUCAAGGAGAACAGUAGUAUUUCUGAGCCUCUGUUGAACAUUUCGGUCUCAGAUGGCCUGCAUGUGGCCCUGGGGUCCGGGUCCACUCCGUCUACAUUUGAAAUUGUGGACAACAAGCUGUUUCUCAUCGUGACUCCAGAUUAUGAGGAAAACUCUUUUCUGGAGGCAGUCCUGGAGUGCAAGAGAGGAAAUACAGUGGUGACAGAGUUGUUUGUGUAUGUGAUUAUCCUGGAUAUCAAUGACAAUCCCCCAAAGUUUCCCUUUACAACCAAGGAAUACAAUGUAUCAGAGGACACCAGAGUGGGUACAAUUGUCAUCCCUGGGACAGAACUGGCGGCCAAAGAUGUUGACGUAGAUGACACGCUCUAUUACACUCUGCAGGAAGUGACUCCUAAUGCCAGCAGCUUCUUCUCUCUGGCGGGGUUAACCAACCCUGCUCUGACUCUGAGCCGGACCCUGGAUUUCUAUAAGAAUCAGGAUAUGACCUUCAGGCUGUUGGCACAGGAUACUUGGGAUGCAGAAAGCACAGAGCCCAGCCACACAGCCACUGCCACCCUGAUCAUAAACGUGCUUCCGGCUGACCUACGGACCCCCUGGUUCCUGCCUUGCUCCUUCUCAGAUGGCUACUUCUGCAUCCAUGCCCAGUACCGUGGAGUGGUCCCCACAGGGCUCCUACUGUCAUCCCCCCUCAUCUUGAGUCCUGGUCCCAUCUAUGCUGUGGACGGAGAUCAGGCGAUUAACCAACCCAUCAUCUACAGCAUUAGAAGGGGAAACACGAAUGACACAUUCAUCAUCGACGAGAAGUCUGGCAACCUCACGAUGAGCAAAAGUAUCCCCAGCCCCAUGACCUUCACCCUGCUGGUCAGAGCUGAUCAGGAUGAUAUGGCUAGCUACUCAAUGACCCAGGCCGUUGUGGAGGCUCGUGAUGUCCCUGAGAACUCACUCCAGUUCUCUCAGAGCCUGUACCAUGGUACAGUGGUGCUUGGCUCUGAGGCUGACACAGCAGUGAAGGACAGGACCUCCCCUUCUGAGACCCUGAGGAUCCAGGCUCAGUACUCAGACUUCCUGGACCUCAACUCGGACAUCACGUAUCGAAUCACCAAUUCCUCAGAUUUCAGGAUGGACACGGAUGUCAUGCUGACCAAUAAGACUAUGAAAGAAACAGACGUCUUCUAUGUACAGGUAGAAGCUACCAGUACUGUGACUAACGAUACAGCCACCACUGUCGUUGAGAUUCAAGUGUCAGAGCAAGAGGCCCCCUCCACAGAGUCCCCCAAGCCCCCAGAAGCUGGAGGAACAACUGGGUCUUCAAGUAGCACCACUUUGGAAGCCCCCACGACCUCUGGGACCUCUCAAGGACCGGCCACAACCAGCUCUGGGGGAAGUGCUGGCCCAGUCCCACCCUCAGGCACAACUCUAAGCCCACCUGCCUCUACCUCAUCCACACCUGGGGGGAUCCCUACUCUUGGAACCAGCACCUCCCCCAAGACAGUCACUCCUGGUGGGGACUCCACACAGACCCCCAAGCCAGGAACCCCUCAGCCAGUGAUCCCCAUUACAGGUACAAGUACCACUUCUCAGCCAGUCACACCCAGUGGGGGCUCCACAGAGACCCCCAAGCCAGGAACCUCUCAGCCAACAGCCCCUACUUCAAGAACAAGUACCUCCCUCAUUCCAAGCACAUCCAGAGGGGACUCAACGCAGACCCCCAAGCCAGGAGCCUCUCAGCCAGUGAUCCCCAUUACAGGAACAAGUACCUCUUCUCAGCCAGCCACACCUGGUGUGGGUUCAACACAGACCCCCAAGCCAGGAGCCUCUCAGCCGACAGCCACCACGUCCAGCAGGAGCCCAUCCUCCUCAGGAGAAGGUGCGAUGGGUGACCACAAAUUUUCCACGGUGGACAUGGCAGUGCUGGGCGGGGUGCUAGGUGCGCUCUUGUUGCUGGCCCUCAUCGGCCUGGUCAUCCUCAUCCAUAAGCACUACCGUCACCGGUUCAACUGCUGCUGUAAAGGCAAGGCUAAGGUGCCUCCUCCGCAGAAUAACUAUGACAACCUGACCUUCCUCCCGGACCACAAGACCAGCUGGUCGUCCACCUCCAACCCGCAGCCACAGCCAGACCCUGAGCCCUCCCAGCCGCCCUCUGGGUCCCAUAGCCCCAUGUCUUCCAGCCCCACGCCCCCCAGCUCUGCACCUCCUAGCCCAGAGCUCAGAGCUUCCGGGUCUCCUAAAACCGUCCAGGCUGGGGACAGUCCUUCAGCCGUAAAGUCUAUUCUGACUAAGGAGCGGCGGCCGGAGGGGGAUGGUGGCUACAAGGCCGUGUGGUUCGGCAAGGACAUCAGAGAGGAUGCUGACGUGGUGGUCCUCAACGAGCCCACAGCAGACAUGGACAGCGCCAGCGCCACGGAAAGUGAAGGCAGCGAUGAUGACGAGCCUGACCAGAAAAAGGGUCUUCACCUUGGCGCUGAUAUCGACCACACUUAUAUCUAGCGCAGCACCCCCAACCUCCACUCCAAGACAUUCCCUUUUCCUCCGCAAAUUAAAGCAGCACUUUCGAAUUCCGGA